AUGGCCACCAUGUCAGCCGAAAUGGACACGGUCAAUCGACCGGAUGAAUGGAGAAUUGAGCAGGGAAUGGCCGGCCAUAAGCUGCCAAUCCUGGACCAGAGUGGAAAUGAAACUGUGCACAUUUACCCUCCCCAGCCCAAGACCACUAUGAAGGAUGAGGAAGCUAUUGCGGCUGUUGGUGACCGUGACAAGCUGUUUGCUCGAGAAAGGGAGGGCUGGAAAGGAUACGUUGAAUGGGAGAACUACCCGGAGAAAAAGGCCAAAGCGCAUAAGAUUCUCACCUCCCAGACCUUCACCCCGAGUCCAGAAUAUAUGUUCGGGCAGAUUCCGGGUACCAACCCAGUUCUACCCGGGGAUGAUUUCAAGGAGUGGCAUCGCGCACUAGGUGGUGAGCUCGCCUCAUUAGCUGAUGAUUCAUGGCGGACUGUGCUGCAGGAAAAGCAUCCGGAUAUGCUGCACCUCCUCCAGUUCCCAUAUAAUGGCGAGCCGCCCAAGCGAUUGGUGACAUCAAAGGCUUUCACUCCCAACCCCCUGCACUUUGUGAGAAAUCACGGCGGGAUCCCGUUUAUCGACAAGGAUAAAUGGAGUCUGUCCCUGGACGGCCUUGUCAAACAGCCGAAAACUUAUACUCUGGACGACAUCAAAGAUGAAUCACGGUUCCCCCGGAUUUCGAAGACGGUGACGAUGCAAUGCUCAGGAACUCGCCGGAUUGAACAGAUUAGCCUGUAUGGUGGUCAAGGAGACGAGGUCCCCCAGGCACCGUGGGCCGAAGGGGCGAUCGGAACAGCGCGUUACGUCGGAAUCAGCCUGAAGAAAUUGAUCAAAGACUGCGGGGGUCUCAUCGAGCCCGCUAAGCAUCUUGAACUCUACGGGGCUGACACCUAUAUCAAGGAUCUGGAAGCCAUGAAUUACGUGGUCAGCGUCCCUUGGUCAAAGGUCAAGGCCAAUGAAGUGAUCCUGGCGUGGGAGAUGAACGGCGAGACAUUGCCUAAGAUCCAUGGCUAUCCUCUUCGGGUGGUCGUCCUCGGCUAUAUCGGUGCCCGCAGCGUCAAAUGGAUCUAUCGCAUCAAGGCAAUCGAGAACCCUUCGCUGGCCCCGGUGCAGAGCAAAGAGUAUCUCUAUUUUAAUCAACAGAUCGGCAAAUACAACCUCAAGCCAACCGACGGAAUCCAAAUCCAGGAGAUGCCUGUGAGCUCUGCUAUCAUGACCCCCUGGACCAAACAAGUGAUCAUCCACACCGGUAAAAUCCGGUGCAAGGGUUGGGCCUACUCUGGCGGGGGACGCUGGCCAGAGAGGGUGGAACUGUCUGCAGACGGCGGUUUUACCUGGUAUGCAGUCCCGCCAGAACAGCUAUCCAAGAAGGGUCGCUGGACCUGGCGGACAUGGGAAAUGGAACUUCCCUGUGAUGUCGAGGGCUGGAUUGAAAUCGUAUGCCGGUGCUGGGACAACUCUUUGAACACUCAGCCGCUGAAUGUCCGAGCGGCGUGGAACUGGGGCCUGCAUGUCACCUCCUCAGCCCAUCGAGUGAGGGUGUAUAGCGUGAAUAAGGCGCACGAGGCUACCCGCAAACGCAUCGAAAAGAUGGAACAGCUCGGCAUUCCCCUUGCGCCUCUCACGCGCUAUCAGCCGGUGCCCAGUCAGACGUCGGAGGAAUACGAUCAGUACUGGCGGGAGCAUGACCCCCGGGAUGUUGACGAUUGA